AUGAGGGUGAGCCAGGAGUCCGGGCUUCAUCUGCCCCUGGUGCUCCACGAGGGCCUCAGCGCUGCCGCCCGAAGCCUGGCACAGUCGCAGCGCGUGCGGGAGCGGGAGGGCAAACUGAAGCCAGAUCGCCUCCGCUUGCGCACCAGUGAGGAUCAGGCUGCCGACAUCCUGGCACGUGAAGCUGUGGGCUUCUGGGCUGCCCGCCAGUCCCAGGACUUAUCCUGGUCCGGGGCUGCCCUCUGCGGCAUCGGUGCGGCCUUGGACUACACGGUGAACCGCGGCUUCGUGGUUGCCCUGCUCAUAGGUUACGAGGGCCUCUCUGCUGAAGCCUCUCACGGGCUGGCAGAGAGACGUGAGGAGCUGGCCGGGCUGCGUAAGCGCCAGGAGCGCGAGUGCGGACUCUGGAUGCUCCUGCUGCCGAUGCGGUGCUCCAUCGGAAGUGAGCGGACCGCGUACUCUUGCGUAGGAGGUGUAAAGUUCCUCAGUUUGAACGAGCAGUAUAUCGGCAGCACAGUGGAUGACGUGUUGUCGGCAGGGUUCGAGCAGGACGUGGUCUACACGCAAGAGGAGUUGGAUGAGGAGGAGGAGAUCAUGGAGAAGCGGGAGCUGCGUGCCUUGAAGGCAGAAAUGCAGGUGACCAAUGUUACCAACGCCAACGCAGCUGUGGAUUUGAGGGAGACGUCCGCCAAGCAUUGGUGGUACUGCUACUGUGGCAACAAAGGGACCAAGAAAGGAUUAGUUUUCCCACUUUUCACUCUGGCAUCGGCGAAGAUGCAUGAAGACCCGACGUCCAGCUUCCUUUGCGACAUGUUCUCAGUGGAUGACUGCCGCAGCCCCUUGGUGGUUCACGACGCCUGCUUCGGCAACCGGAUGCUGCUCAUCAUGGACGCGCUCUCAGCCAAGAUGCUGACCGCGAUCCUGGCCUUUCUUAUGGCGGGUGCCCAAGCGCGACUUGGCGAGACCUCGGAGAGGCUCAGGAAUGCAUCCCGGCCGUCUCCGGAGGACCUGCUCCCAGGCGGCGCCGCGCGCAGAGAGGAAUACUGGUCGAAUUCCACGCUGCGCUUCAACGUGAACCCGAGCCUCUCAAAGUUGCACGACGUGACAAGGAGGCUGGGCUACGACCAUCUGGCAACGACCACGCGCUACGGAGACACUUGCUGCGCUUCCUGCGGGUCAAUCGACACUGCCAAACUCGUUGCUGGGACAGGGUUCUACGCUGUGGCAUCUGCGGAGGCGAUGCAAGCUCAUGGCAUCGGCGAUGGCCACUACUGCACCAAAGACGCAUCGGGCUCUUCAGGCAUGGGCUGCCUGUCCUGCGCAAGGGGCAAAUUCCUCUGGUAUCAUCCCUUCGACUAUCCCUUGUGGGCGCAGAAGGGGUCUUCCAUCUUCCGGAAGGAGCUGAAUAUCGUCGUUGCCGACACGUGCCCGCAUGCGGGCAACGAAGCCUGGUGCCCGGGCCGCCAGGGAUCCACGAACAAGUUCGGUGUCCGGCACCACUUUGAUUUUGCCAGUCCGCCGGGCAAGUACGACAACUACUACUUCGCCUGGAAGAAGAUGGAGUGCCCAGAUUACAUCAAGAGACGAUAUGCGAGCCUGAGCAGGUGCUGA